CUCUGUCUGUCUAGCUUUCCAGGCAGGGUACCUGGGUUGGUCCAGAGACUCUCCAGGGCAGCCAUGAAGUCCUUUGUUUUGCUCCUUUGCCUUGUUCAGCUCUGGAGCUGCCACUCAGUCCCUGUUGGCUCAGGGCCGGGUUACAGGGAACCAGCUUGUGAUGACUUGGAAACAGAGCAGGCAGCCCUGGCAGCUGUGGACUAUAUCAAUCAGAACCUUCGUCAUGGAUACAAGCACACCUUGAACCAAAUUGACAAAGUCAGGGUGUGGCAGCGGCGGCCCUUCGGGGAGGUGUACCACCUUGAAUUGGACACGCUGGAGACCCAGUGCUACGCCAGGGACCCCACACCCUUGGCGAACUGUUCCGUGAGACAGGUGUUCGAACACGCGGUGGAGGGAGACUGUGAAAUGCAAGUGCUCAAACAGGACGGCCAGUUUUCCGUGUUGUUUGCAAAAUGCCAUUCCACUCCAGACUCCCAGGAGGACGUGCGCAAAGUGUGCCCCCACUGUCCCCUGCUGGCGCUGCUCAACAACACCAAGGUGGUGCACGCCGCCGAGGCUGCCCUGGCCGCCGUAAACGCGCAGAGCAACGGCUCCUACUUCAAGCUGCUGGAGAUUUCCCGAGGCCAACUGGUGCCUCUCCCAGCUUCCACCUAUGUGGAGUUCGCAGUGGCCGCCACUGACUGUGUCGCUGCAGCGGUCACAGAUCCUGCCACUUGCAAGCUGCUGGCAGAAAAGAAACACGGCUUCUGUAAGGCGACACUCACCGAGAAACUUGGUGGGGAGGAGGUGGCGGUGACCUGCACCAUGUUCCAAACACAGCCUGUGGCCGUGCAGCCCCAGCCAGAUGCCGCCAUCCCAGCAAGCCCGGCCCCUGCAGCGGACCAAGCUGCACCUGCACCCCCUGCAGCUGGCCCACCUGCAGCUGCCUUGGUGGUGGGACCCAUGGUGGCGGGAGUUCCCCUGGGACCCCCAAGACACCAGGCACACUAUGACCUGCGCCACUUCUUAUCAGGUGUGGCCUCCGUGGAGUCAGCCUCAGGAGAAGCGUUCAGCCCAAGGAAACCACCUAAGGGGGCACAGCCUGGCGUUGCUGGCAGUGCUGGCCUAGUACCGCCCCCAUGCCCGGGGCGGAUCAGACACUUCAAGAUCUAGCCUAGACCCCUCAGAGAUGAGAAGGUUGGGCACAGAGAACAUAGCCGCCAUUUUUGUCCGAGUCUGGGCGUGGGUGGGGACUUUGUCUGUUGUCAGAGCAAGGGUCACAUGCGUCUAGAGUGAUAGCAAGUCCUGAAUCCCAACUUCCCUUCCUUCCUUGGAGGAUAGAAGCAGUCAGACCUAUGAUGGAAGGCGCGAGGCCAAUAGCUUGUCAUUGUUUUGCUGAUAAACCACUGCCAUGGUGUUCUCUGCCUUCUCGUUGACCUCAUCCACACAGUUGGACUGUGACUUUCCAUGGUGCUCUUGCCAUGCUUGUAUCAGCCUGUGAAUAAAGUGCCUGAAGGACCUUCCUUAAUAAAGAAGGCUCUAAACCAAAA